AGCUGCCGCCGGUGGUGAGCGUGGAGAGCUUCGUGCACGCCGCGGACCACGACGGCGACGGCGAGAUCGGGCCCGAGGAGGCCCACCAGCUAUGGGCGCGAGUGCUGGAGGAGGAGAAGCGAUUCGAGGAGCAGGAAGCGGAGGCAUCUGGCGGAGAGCGCGAGCGCGAGGCGGGUGAAAGCGAGACCGGCGGCGGCGAGUCGAGCAUGGCGGAUCUCAUGUCGGACCACCGGCUGGACAUGCCCUUCAGCUAUGGCGGCAGCAGCAUCUCCACCGCCGAAAUGAGCGAUCAUCUGAGUCACAUGCUGACAGGGGAGAAGGUGGUUGCGUGGAUCGUCCACGGCCUACGGCUGCCCCAGUACGCGGAAGUCUUCAGGGCCAACUCAAUCGACGGCCUGGAUUUCCCCACGCUUAUAUCCGAUAACGGGACGUUUCUUAAAGAGGACCUCGGGGUGAAAAGCGCGCUGCAUCGGCAUAAAAUCCACACGGCGAUUUUCCGCCAGGUGUUCGGCUUAGGGAAGGCUCCUGGUGCUCCCACCAACCUAGAGUGCGAGCCGGCUGGGUGUGGCGCUAUUGCUGUUCAGUGGGACCCGCCAGCCAAUCCCGGUGUGCCACCUGUCCAUAAGUACCUUAUCCAGAGACGCGUGGCAACGCGCGUGGCGUCGUGGAAGGACGUGGGGGACACGUCAGAAGAUGCGUGGCUAGAUUCGGCAGGGUUAAAGCCGGGGAUUGAGUACACGUAUCGGAUACAGGCGUGGGGCGGGCAUGGGCCUUCGGAGUGGGUUGUUCUUGAUCAUUGUAGAGCGUUAGCUACUAGCGCGGAUGGGGUUGCUUGCACUAUGGGCGUGCAUCCGCAUCAGCAGCAGCACCACCACCAGCAUCAUCAUCAGCAUCAGCAGCACGCUUUGAAGCCUCCAGCUAUGGAGCCUCUUGGGAGACCCAUAGCAGCAGGAGCAGAGGGGCACAGCCACCCGCAUGCAUCAGAUAUAGUAGCCGUUACUGGAGCGGAGAAGCAGCAGGGAUCGGGUGGGUCGUGGCAGAAACGGUUGGAGUCGGUUGGGGGCACGGAGUACAUUCUGAGCGCUUCAACUGCGCCAGGACCAGGAGUGGCAGCAGAGGAGGCAGUAGGAAGAACGAUAGGAGGGGUAGGCGGGCAGCAGGGCAGCAGGCACGGAGUGGCACAGUCUGCAGAUCAAAGCGCGAAGGAGGCAGAGCAGGAGGCGGAGAGGCGAGGGGAAGAGAGCCCCUCUUCUCCCCUCUGGAGCUUCAUCUGGUCGGUCAACGGCGGGAUUCUUGUGCUCGGGAUCUUCUCCCGCCAUAGCUUCUUCUUCCGCUUCGUCCUCGCUGCUGCCGCUUCCGCGCACCGCCUCCUCCGCCCCCUCGCCUCCGCCCUCUCCCCCUCCCCUGCCAGCCCCUUCCUCCUCGUCCGCGUCGCCGCGCGCGCCCUUCUGGGGCUCCGCGCGGCGGCUGCGCGCGUCUCUGCGCUGCUGCACCGCGUGAUCGCUGCGCUGGUAUCGCCUGGGGACGAUGAGGGCGGGGAGGAUUACGAGCUAAGUCCGUUUCCCAGUGGCAGCAGAGCCGCAAGAAGGUGGUCUGACGGGUUGGGGGAUCAGGCGGACGGGGGACUAGGAGCGGGUGAGGGAAAUGCGUUAGGGGAAGCGGGGGAGGCAGGGGGGCGGGGGUUUAGAGGGGGGUGGGGUGGCGGUGGGGGAGAGAGUUGGGCUGCAGGGGGAGGGAUGGGAGGAGGGCAGGGAAUGCGGCGUGUGGGGCGGAAUAGGUCGUACGAUGAGCUUUCCGGGCGGCAGGAAGGUGAGGCGUCGUUUGGCAGUAGCGAAGGGGGUAUGCCGCGGAAUGGGCUGCUGGCUAGGGGCGGCCAUGAGGAGGCAAGGGCGCGGGUGGGUGAGUGGCGGGGGGAGGAGGGAGAGGGAGGCGGGUGGGGGGAGAGCGGGCGGGUUCAGGAGGCGGCAUCAGAUGAGGACACGGAAUCAAUGAAGUCUGUUAGCUUCAAGUACAGGUGCAACGCGGAAGGCUGCCGCGUGCGGUUUGAUCGCUGGUACACACUAGACGGGCUGAGGCACAGCAUUCUGAAGCACUACUGUCGUGAGUGCCAGGGCGUGUACUGUGUGCGUCACACGCGCAUCUCCCCCCACUCCUCCCGCACCCAGUGCGGCCUCGACAGCCACUGCCUCUGCUUCUCCUGCUACGCGCGCCUCCCUGCCGAGCUGCAGCUUCGGGCCGAACGUAUCAACAAGCUUCGGGUGGGCCCGGUGGCUGGGAGUGGGAGCAGUGGCAGCGCAAGCUUAGGGAAUAGCUUCGGAGGCAGCGGAGGAGGCGGAGGGGGGCGGAACGGUGGGGGGAAGAACGGAGAAGGGGUUUUAAAUGGCAGUGGAAAUAGCAACAGUUUUAGCAGUUCUGGUCAUGGCAGUAGUGGUAGCAUUCGUGCUGGUGGCAAUGGGGAUGGAGGGAAGGGGGUGGGAGGGAAGAUCUCGCCCUCUAGCAGCUGGAUGACUCUUUUAGGGCGCCGGAAUAAUGACAAGAGCGGUGGGGCGGACAAGGGCGGCAGGGAGAGGCAUGUGGGUGGGUCGUUGGCAGAGAGUGCGAGCACGUCGGGCUCGGAUGAGUCUCAAGGCGCAGGUGCAGGCGGAGGGGUGGCAGGGGCAGUAGGGGCAGGAGGGGCAGGAGGGGCAGGGAGAACAGCGGAGGCAGGGGAAGCAGUGUCUGGUUCUGUCUUGGCAGCAGCAGCAGAAGCAGCGGGGGAGGAGCAGGAUACGGGCAUGGUAGAGUUGUCACUGGCAGCAGCAGACCUCCUGCCCGCUGCCUCUCCCACCUCUCCAGACCCUUCCAAUGGCAGCAGCAGGGCCACAAGCGAGCCAGACAUGGGGGCUCCUAGCAAAAGGCCUGGGGCAGCUUCCGGUGUGGCUGAUAUAUGGAAUAGCCUGCAGGAGAGCCAGGAUCUAAGAUCUGGGACUGGGAGCAACGCGCUACCAAACACACCUGGUGAAGCACUGGCAUGCCUGACUGGAAAAGGCCCCUUGCCCCGGUCUGCCGCGUCUGACCCUACAAGCUCUUGCUUGGCGUCUGCUGCUCGUCCCACUUGUAGCUUGGAGGCAAUACCCUCUUGCAGUGAGUCGGUAAGAGAAGCAGAAGAAUCAAGAGGAAAGGGUGGUGGAGUGGCAGCAGCGGGUGGUAGAUGUGUCAAGUUGGAAGCAGCUGGUUCACGAGGGGAGGGAGCAGGGAAGCGAGGCGAGACCAAUGGAAACGGUGCUAUCGACUGGGGGCGACUAGAGCGCUGCCCCAGCCACCUCUCGCGCUCCCGCUCCUCCCGCUCCGCAGACGAGGUGAAGCGGUCCCCGUCGCCCUUUUCCAAGUUAAAAGAAGGUAGUGGGAAGGGCACGUUGGGUUCGGACAAAGGGAGGGGAGAAGCGGAGAGAGGGGGGCAGGAAGAAGAAGGUGAAGUGGGGAAUGGAGGGUCGAGAGCCACCUCUGCCUUCCUUUCGCCCUUUGUGUCCCUCGCCUCCUCUUUUAAGAGGCUCUUCAAACGCCGCUCGUCGCCCGAACCUGCGUUGCAGCCUCAACAGCAUGACGUGGCCGGCUUGGUUCCCGAGGCUGCCCAACAGGCUCGGAAGCGGGGUGUGCCCGAGCUGGAAACCGCGCGAACUUCUCAAAAUGGAACUAGCAGCAGAAUCAGCAGCGCUGCGGGCAAUUUUUUCAGUCAGCCGCCCAGACCGCUGCAACUCUCUUCCAGCCUGGCAGAUGCGACAGGCACUGCCGGCCGCAGGCCGCAUGCGGCGCAUGCGGGGGUGGCGGACGGGGGGCUGGCGGAACGUGCAGCUGGAGCAGCAGUUGCGCCACGAUCUCCGCUCCAGCAGGGCUACAGCGGGGAAUAUGGGCAGCACAAGCAGCAGACGCAACGGGGAAUGGCGCAGCAGGGAAUGGCGCAGCAGGGAGUGGCGCAGCAGGGAAUGGCGCAGCAGGGAAUGGCGCAGCAGGGCAUGGCGCAGCAGGGAAUGGCGCAGCAGGGCAUGGCGCGGCAGGGAAUGGCGCAGCAGGGCAUGGCGCAGCAGGGAAUGGCGCAGCAGGGCAUGGCGCGGCAGGGCAUGGCGCAGCAGGGCAUGGCGCAGGCGCAGGGGUCUGGGGGCGUGGGGCAUGUGUGGCGGCCGGGAGCACACAUUCCAAGAACUGCUGUGCCAGCGCCACUUGUACCAGCGCCACGUGUGCAAACGCCACGUGCACCAUCAGCACAUGUCCCAGCGCCACCUGUACCAGCACCACUAAAAGCACCAGCACCAAUUGCAGCAGCAGCAGCAGCAGCAGCAGCAGCAGCAACAUCACCAUUGGCAGGAGGAACAGCAGCAGCAGCACCACCGCCACCACCAAUUGCUAAGGGCAUGGCUGUUACUGCUGGUGCCCCAAUCCCACUCCAUACCCCUGCUGCUGUCCGUGCAACUGUCCCUGCUGCUCGCGCUGCUGCUGGCGCUGCAGCAGCGAGAGCAGCGGGGCCGAGGGGGAAGAGGGAGGCGAGCAGGGAGAAGGACCGGAACAUGGUGGCCUUCCUUCUCAACAUGCUCACAUCGCUCCAACCUUCCCCGCCCUCUGCGAACCCCCUUUCUCCCUCCGCUCCCCCCAUGCCCACUUCUUCUGCCUUCUCCCAUCCACUGGUCAGAAACCCCGUGUCCUCCCCUCUCCCUCCUCCUCAUCGUCCUCCUCCUUCCCAUCCGGCCGUCUCCCCCACUCACCUGGGGGCACAGGACGGGCGGUUGAGCAUGGAAGAAAUGUUAGCGCGGCUGCAGCAGCAGUGGCAGGCGCAUCGAGCAGGCAGCACCGGAACCAGCAAAAAUGGCAAGAAAAAGAGCAAAAAGAGGGCCGGAGCAGCAGCAGGGGGGGAGACUAGCAGAAACGGACAAGAGGAGCUGGUAAGCAUGCCUACAGGGAACAGCAUUCCAGGCAGGAGCCUGGGGAACGUGAGGGCGUUUCACGUGUCUGAGGCACUGAAGAAUCUCUGGGAUGCUGACGCCGGUCUGGCGUUGUUCCGGGGGAGGGACGCGGCGAAUCUGGCAAGGGUGGUGGAGGAGAUGAGGGAGGACGGGUGUGAGCACAAUGCGGUCACGUUGCAGUCGCUGGCGACGGCGUAUGGGCGCGCUGGGAGGUGGGAUGAGGCGCUGGCGACGCUGGGAGCGAUGCAGGGUGGUGAUGGUGGGCAGAGUGUUCUGCAUGACCUCACUCUCAUUGGUCCCCGAGUGGACACGCUCUUCCGAAUGAGCCGCUACGUUGACGCCAUCAAAGCCUUCACCGAGCUGCGCAGCGCCAGGCACGUGCCCGACUCGUUCGUCUACAACACCGUGUUCACCUGCUAUGGCCGCGUGGGGAACUCUUCGGGGGCUGAGGAGGCGUUUAAGGAUAUGAUUCGCCAUGGCGUGCCGCUGGAUGUGCGGUGCGCCAAUAGCCUCAUGGAUGUGUAUGGGCGGACGGGCAGAGUUGAUGAUGCCAUGGCUGUGUUUGACCGCAUGUGCCUCGCUGCUGUUGCUGCUAGUGGGGCGAGUCACAUGAAAGGAGGUGGAGGAGGAGGAUUGGCAAGGGAAAGGGGAGGGAACCGCAGCAAUGCUGACUUGCCUGGUGCUGCUGCUGUAGCAGGGAUACCCCCGCUGAUUCCCCACGUUGCUGCGGACAAUGCAUCCACGUUACACGGGUCAGCAGCACGAGCCAUCACGUACAGCUGUGCCAUCCACCUUCUCAGCAUGGCCGGGCGGCUGACAGAAGCCGAGGAGACGUUCGAGGCGAUGCUGGUGGCGGGCAAGCGUCACGAUACCAUCACAUGGUCCACCAUGGUGCAGAUGUGGGCCAAGGAGGCGAAUCUGGAGCGGGCGGUGAUGUGGUUUAAACGUAUGGUGGCGGCGGGGUGCCGCCCGGAAACCCCUGCAUACAACUCGCUCAUGUGGGCGUUUGUGGGACGGGGAAUGUUUGACGAGGCUGGGGAGGUGCUGACUGCUCUAAAAAACGGGUGGGACCUGGUGGGGCAAGUAGAGCUGGUAGGGCGAGGGGAGGAGCAAGAGUUGAAGCAAGGCGGAUCAGGCAAGUCGGUUUUCGGCUGGCUCAACCCAAGAGGAGAAGGAGAAUUAGGCCCGGGAGACGCCAACAAGGGUGUUGCCGGUGCCGUUUCACCGAGUAAACAGGGAAAUGCGAAGCUUGAGUUGGCCCCGAACCUCAUGACCUACACCAUGUUCCUGAGCGAGUGCACGGAAUCUGCCGCCCGCAGUGACGUGGCGCGGCUGCUGCGGCUGAUGGAAGAGACGGAGCAUGCCGCCCACACGGUGUUUCAACUGCUUACGGAGGAGCCUUUUGAAUCCACCCACACACUGCUGCCGGCAGGUGCUGAGAGCGACAGUGAGAGUGCUCCUCUGAGUGGUGCUGUGUGUGAAGCUGGGAGUGCUGCUGGGUGUGAAGCUAGUGAUGGGGAAACGAGAAGCAUACAGCUGCCCGCAAUAUCCGGGCAGGGCGGAGAAUGUUUUGUGGAUCUGCAUGGCAUGUCAGCGGGGACAGCAGUGACGGUGACCAAGUGGGCGUUGGAGAAGAUGCGGCAGGCUGUGGUGGCCUCCGCUGCUGCAGGUGCUGCUUCAGGUGCUUCUGCUGCUUCGUCCUCUGUUGUGUCAACCGUUGCUAUUUCAUCAACUGCUGCCAAUCCAACAGCAAGUGGAGAAACUGCUGAAGGGGCAAUACAAGGAGAAGAAGCACUUGUAGAAUCCUUAUCACCAUCAGAAUCAGGAGCAGCAGAAUCAUCGCGUCUGCAUGAAUCACCACCAGCACAUCCCUUGCAGUGGCAGCAGCCGUCCAAGGUAGCGGUGGUGACGGGGUGGGGCAAGCGCAGCCGGGUGCAGGGGGCGUCGCUGGUGAAGGCAGCGGUGGAGGCGCUGCUGCUGAGGGACCUCACAGCGCCCUUCUCCCUCCACCGCUUCCACCCCGGCUCCUACGAGGCCCCCGGUGCUGACCUCGAGCACUGGCUGCUCUCGCCAGGUGUCGAGCAAUUAUUGGCUCCCCGAGAUGAGGGCUGA